AUGGAAUCCGGUACAGGCUACUUGGUUUUGAGCGAAAAUGAAUGUGUUUCCAUUGCCUCCUACAAUCACUUGGGUAUGCCUUUUCUGUUUGCCUUACAUUUAGAUAACAAUGAUGGCCUCAAUAUCUUCUCGUCCUCGCAGUUCCGAUCCAAGGAAAUAUCGAAAUCAGAUGUCAUCGAGGACACGGUUGCAUCCAACAUGAUACUUUAUCUGGAUGGAAACGGCCCUGAUCACGUUGUCGUCAUCAAGCAUACUCCUGAAGUUGGCGAUUCCAAGCGUGCUUUUGAUGAAUAUGAGAGCGAAAUCUAUUGUUGCGAUCGUCAGACAAUGUCGAUCCAUACUGUCUGCGAAGACUCGCUUGUUGCGGUGCCGCUGAUGAUUGAUCUUGUUUUGCCUACUGAUCUUUUUGGGCGCGUGCAGGUGGUAAAGCCUGACAAUAUGCAAAUGCACUCGGUUCCGUCACAUCUUUCCUAUUGUCUGAAGGCACCUCUUUUUCCAAAGAGCACACAGACAGUAAAUGCAUUGCAGUCGCAGAGACGAUCAGCAGAUAAAUGCGCAUUUGGUUGA